CGCGUUUUUUGUCCUAACGCAUGCAUUCCUUCCUGUGACCUCCUGUCAGGUGCGACCGUUGCUCUCCCUUAUUCCUCACCUUACCUGGCAUUCCUCAAUACAGUUGAAAACAGUCUUUUUGAUGUUAUAGCAUGUUUUUUAUGCCUUUGUACUAAACUAAGCCCAGUUUACUGAUACAUCGGACCGGAUGUUCAAGCCAUCCCACUCUACGUCUACUCAGGUGUCUACCCUACUGCGUUCUGCCAUCUCUAGGUCAAGUUCACGAAUGAUACUCCUUGCCCUCAUCUUUGCUGUCACGAUCGCCAUUACGCUAGGUCUGUUGGCUGUCCAGAGCCUCCUCUCUGAGAGCAAUUCCGCUACGUUCAACGUCCUCCGUAUUGUUCUGUUUGCCCACAUAGGAAUGGCGGGAAUAUAUGUCAUGGUUUCUGCUCUAUGGGACAUUUUGGAGAGACGCCUGGCAAUCAAAGAAAGCAGAAUUGGCCAAGGCGAGGUUGCUGCCGCGGAGGGAGGAGAUGAUGGUGAACAGGAACUAAGUUCACUGCCGGCUUCAAACCUCCAGGUGAGUGUCGUAUAUCAUUAUCAUGAUAUAGCCCGCAUUUGUUCAUUGUUCCUUUCAGGCAUUAUCAAAUACGGCAUCCCUACCAUCGGAGAAUGGUAUGCAGGUGUGAAAGAGGUGAUGUUGAUAUUCAUAGCGGGAACUCUAGCGCAUCUAUACCCAGCUCCAGUUCCUAAAAACGUACAGAGAUAACACAGGGAUAUGACAGGCUGCGUUUGAUGUGUGUGCCGUUUAUCACCCUUGAACAAUGAACAGGGAAUGGAUGAAUUGUUAUUAUGUGAUUGAGCGGAUCCAUGGCUAAGUAGUGAGAGGGAGCUAAUGUUCG